UACGUUUUGGAUUUAUAAGAAGAAAUUUUAUCAUGGAAUUAAAUAGUUUGACCAUAUUGAUUACAUGGAAUCGGAUAUAUACAAGAUGUGACGCGGAAUGUGUUUCGUUCUUAAUCUGACAAUAAUGGCGUGGAUUUGUUGUUAUAUUAUCGGCUUCAUUCUCCUCGUCGGGUGCCUCUGCUCUGCGGAAUCUACAGAGGAAGUACACAUUUUCCCUGAAACCGACAAUAUUUGGAUUCGUGAAUCUCGACCUUUGAACCUCACGUGCAUGUUCACCGGAUAUCACAUAAGAGAUGUCACGUGGCAAGUGAACGGAAGUGAAAUAAAGAAUGAGCUCGGAGCGCAUGUCACAAAGCAGAGGACAUGGACAUUUGAGACAUCUUAUAUAACUGUGACGUAUUACAAGAAUGGCGCCGAGUUCACGGACACUGGAAACUACUCCUGUCACGCAGGACCUCUCAGCAAAACGAUAGAGGUGAAGGUCACGAAAGGUCGACUACGGAUUCGGCCUGACGUGGAUAAAGUCAUCAUCAUGGCGUCCAAACCUUUCACUCUUGUUUGUGUGUUUGAGGGUAAAGACUUACUUCCGGUCACGUGGCAUAAAAAUGGUAUGCAGGCAUUUGGAUUCAUGACACGUGGCUAUGUCGUGAAACCGAAUACAUUUUCAAAGAAAGUUGCAGUAUCCUCGGAAAUAAGUGAACUCUUCGCCAAGAGAGAAAAUUCGGGAGAAUAUACGUGCAUCGCCGGACCUUUUAGUAAAACUCUCACUCUCGAGGUGUCUGAAGAACCAUGUCAGGUGGCACUAGUGAAAUCGCUGCCUGACGUCAGUAUCACCGCCUCAUCUCAUUACGAAGAUACUCUCUACUCUGACGCGCCAUCUAGAGGCAGACUGGAUACAGUCAGGGAAGGGGACAUAACCGCGGCCCAGGCCGGAAUAAGAAAGAUUCUAGGAGGAUCAUGGCAGGCAUCGAUAACCGAUAAACGGCAGUGGAUACAGAUAGCGUUUCCACAGCUUGCCAUAGUAACACAGAUAGUUACGCAAGGGAGGUCAUCCACGGACUGUUGUACCCAACGUCAGUGGAUCACACAAUACAAGGUCCUUUUCAGCAAAGAUGGCCGCCGCUGGGACAAGUACAAAGAACUCAAAACAGGCGAAACUAAAAUAUUUGAAGGCAAUCAUGACCACGACACCAAGAAUAAACACGAACUUCCGGUUCCCGUCAUCGCGCGAUUCUUGCGAAUCAAUCCUGUAUCAUGGAGCGAAAAGAUAUCACUUCGGGUCGAGGCGUUUGGAUGUACUAUGCCUUCAACACUGAAAAUGAUUUAUCCCCUAAAGCAAGUUAACUACUAUCGCACAGAUGAAAGUUUUCAAAUCACAUGUGCGUUUGACGGACCCGAGCCUCCUAUGUUCCGAUGGAUGAAAAACGAGCGUGAUCUCCACCUUGAUUCGACAUUCAUGAAGGUCAUAGACACGUCAUAUAAUCAUGAUGGGGUCACGACACGAGAAACCUUACUAAAAAGCCGAAUGAAGUUUAAGGAUUCGGGGAGUUAUAUCUGUAAGGACGAAAACUCGAAGCUCUACCAAAGCGUUGAGAUCAAUGCGGCGGAACUGGAUAUUAUACCGGAAGUAGACAGAAUGUGGGUCACGGCAGGCCAGCCAAUCAAUAUACAGUGUUCGUAUCGAGGAUCGGGUCGAAAUCAAAUUAAUUGGCAAAUAAACGGCCAAUCAAACUUGACGGAAUUUACAUCAAACCUGAAAUACGACAAUCUGGUGGAUUCGUUUUUUGUCGGGGCGAAUAUUUCCAAAAUAGCCAGCAGAUCCGACACUGUGGAUAUAUCGUGUAUGGUGGCUACCCUGAGGAAGACUGUUUCAGUUCGGGUCAUAGCAGAAAAACUCAAAAGUGUCGUUUUGAUAGAAGGGGAGACAACCACGUUAGAUUGUUCUGAUAUCGGCCAUAUUGAUGACGUCAAGAAUGAUGUAUUUUGGACUAAGGAGCACGUGCCCCUGAACAAAGUGUCAGAUCUGACUGGGAGAUACGAAUAUUAUUCUGAAACGAGACGACUGACGAUAUCAAAUUCAAAACUCUCUGAUGCGGGGAGGUACGAAUGUAACGUUCUCGUGGAAGUUGGCAGUUCUCAACAAAGACAGAUAUCUAUACCGGCGGACGUAGUAGUGGCGCCGACUAUCACAGUGGAAGGCCAAUCUAGUAUUUUGCCCGGAAGUACACUUCAUAUUUUCUGUCAUAUAACCGGAUAUCCGGUCCCGAGCAUUACGUGGUACAGAAAUGGUGGACCUAUCCUGGCUGAGCCUGAACGAUAUAUCUUCCAUCUCCACGAAGGAUCCGACAAAGGUCAUCUUGAGGUACAUGACGUCACACCGGAAGACACAGGGAAGUACACGUGUACUGGACAGGGAGGAUUAUUUCCGGUUGUGCGAAAAAGUCUUGACGUUCACGUGGCAGAGACCGGCGAAGGUCGAACUGUUCUCAUCCUGGGAGUUCUCGGCAGUCUCUUGUCGACCGUCAUCGUGAUAUGUUGUUCGGCUGGUUUUGUCAGAAUACGACGACGACGGAGACAACGAACAGAGACUCUCAAAGCACUAGAAAAGAUGUCAGCGACUACAGAUCAAUUUGCAAAGCAAUACGUCCAACUCCUUACUAUUGACAGAAGCAAAACAGUCGAAAGGGAGGAGGAGAAAUCCAAAUUCAUAUCGAAGCCAUUCGACCUUUGUACAACUGACGAAAGGAUUAACCUAGCAGGGUCGCUCCCGGAACUACCAGAUGGCGCUUCACAUCCGGCACAGGAGGAAUCUUUGGAUGACGACACCGGUUCAGAAACAUACGAAAAAUAUGAACGACCUAUGCAUGCUCACACCUUCCCAACACACCAAUCCCGUUCUUACCGGAAGUGAUCUCAUAGAACUGUCUUUACCGGAAGUAAUGGAUAAACAUUAACAUGUGACAAGAAACGUUAUAAAGCUUUCAUAUUUAUGUUUAAUAUUGUCCAAGAAUCGAUUAAUUCUGACCGGAAGUGAUUCGAGAUAUGUCAUACCUUUACAGGAAGUGGUACAAAACUGACUAGAGUUGUAUAGGCGUCACUUAUAAUGUUCCGUGUUUUAUAUGAUAUCUUAUACCGUGAAAGUUCGUUUGUCCAGAAACUUUAUCUGUUUUUAAAAUUUCAUUUUAACGAAUUUUCGGAUUAAUAACUUUCAAGAAAACAUUGUAUUUCGGAUGAUUGGAAUACGGAUAAACACGAGAAUGUUCCUUUGACUAUUUCGCUGUUUCUUGGUUAGUUUAAUCUUUGUUCAGUCUUAUCUCACUUGUACAUACUAAUUAAUUACAAGUUCCGACGGAAUCUUUAAAUGUUCCGUAAUCCUUGCCCGCGAUUGGACAAGAUACGUCACGUGACAGGAGUUAAAUGUUGUGUUUCCUUGCUAGAGGAGACAUUAUCAGUUUCUUGUUAAAUGAUCCAAAUGAGAAUGAAUUCGAGAGUCUAAUUACUUCUGUAUUAUUUGCUGGAAAAUAUUUCAGAAACUCCCUUGAACACAGUUAAGUAUACGGGCAAUAUAAGGGGUAUACGUACUCUCUUCAUUGUCUAGUACACUUGAGUUUCUAACACUUAAUAUUCUAUUGUCUAAUUUUAACUUUAAUCAACUAUCAUUUGACGUCACGUAAAAAAGGUAAAAAUAUGAGCUCGUUAAAUGUAGAGCCAUUAAACACUAGAACAUUACGUUUUAGGAGAAUUUUCUUGCAGUGUUCGGUCUAGUUUCGUUAAUGUCUGAUGAAACGGGAACAAAAUUGAGAUUCUAUUAAUCACGGAAGACAAGAAGUUUUCUUGUUUUAGCGAGUAACUUGCAAACCUUCUAUAGAAAUGUGUAGUCAAUGUGAAAAGGUAUGGGGAUAUUUAGCCUAAAUCUACAACAAAAGUCGAAAAUAUGUAUUCCCGAGAAUUAUGGGA